AUGCCACAACUACUAUUACAGAAUGUUUCUACCACAACACUACUAUCUGAUAAUGUAUCUACAGUAUUACUACUUUGUUAUACUUCCACAACACCACCUUAUAAUGUGCUACAACUACUAUUACAGGAUAUUUCUACAACAACACUGCUAUUUGAUAAUGCUUUUACAGCAGUACUAUUUUGUUAUACUUCUAUAACACCACCUUAUAAUACAUCACAACUACUAUUACAGGAUACUUUUAUCACAACAUUACUACCUGGUAAUGCUUUCACAGCACUACCACCUUAUUAUAUUUUUACAACACUAUCUUAUAAUACACCACCAUCACUAUUACAAAAUAUUUUUAAAUAUUCUUUUAAUAUUUAUAAGACAAGUUACAAAAUAGAAGCCUUGGAGCAAUUAGUGAUAUUGUAUUUUGAAGCAAAGUUGCAAAAAUAUAAACCUAAAAAAACUUUAUUCAUAGAAAUUAUAAGAAUCUUGAAAAUAUUUAAUGUUACAUCUUUAAAAGACUUUGGAAAGGCACUUGAUGAAGUCAAAAUUGAUUAUAAAAAUUUGGAUCAUGAUAUUAUUUACUUAUGUUGUCUUUUUGAAAAAUU